AUGCGGUCUCCUCCCGUGCUGCUUUGCGUCGCGGUAGCUCUCCCCACGCGAGUCCAAGCGCUGCCACACGUCACCCAGCUGAUCAGCGACCUUCUCAUACCGACCACCCUCGACGCCGCCAUCUACAACGACCUUCAGCGAGUGCUCGGGAUCUACGAGUCGUCUCUCCCCGUGACCUUCAGAGCGAUGGACGGAGCUGCGGCACGAGGGCGGCUCGAUAUCUUACAAAAACUACACGACACCAGACAGGAGGGUUGUUCGUCCGCAGCCUUCCUCGGAGCUGCGGAGAACAACCACGUCAACGUUCUACGCUGGCUCUACGACUUCUACAUCGAGCUCUGCAACCCACCGAAAGAGCUGGCUGCUGCUGCUACGAACGGACACGUGCAAGCGGUGGAGAUGCUACGCGAA